CCAUGAGUGGCUUAGACGUUUCAAUCGAAUCAGCCGGCUCUGCCGGAAAAGAAAUCCCUUUAGAAGAGGAAAACUGGCUCUUCGAUGCAUUCAACGACGGAGUCAUGGGUGACGUCCGAAAAAUGCAAAAAGAAGCUUUGCAAAAAUGUGUCAAUGAUUACUCAAGGCAGUUGAACAAGUUUGCUGCGUCCUUGGAUCUUUCAGUAACGUCAUUUGAGAACCAUUGGACUCCUGUUUUGUACAAUAACGGCUCCAUCGUUUCAACUGAUUUCGAACGAGAAGAAAACACAACAGUGGAUCAAAUGUUGAAAAACGCUUCUGGGGACAAAGAGUUGAACAAGAUGUUGUUGGUGUUUGCGACUUUGUGCAGUGAAAUAAAGUAUCUGAAGAAAGUUGCAACUAAAAAGUACUUCCCAAUGCUGUUGUUCUACGGGGAAGACUUGGUUGAUUUCAAAGCAGAUGACAAUGAUGCUGCGAGUCAUGAGAAGAUCACUGAGUUUGUGCCUCAGAUCAUAGAAGUGUCUCACUUCAUUAAGAGGUGCCAACAGGUGUACAGGAACAUUCUGUGUCAAUUGGCGGCAGUCUACAACAGGAAGCAGAACCACUUCAUCGUCACUGUCAGUGUGACUUGUUUGAUGGACCACGUGGCAGUUUUGCUGGGUAUUUUGCUCAGACUGGACGAGAUCAUCGUAUUCAAUCAGACCCUGCGAGACCAUUGGGACAUGUACAAGCGCAUGAUCAAGUCCAUUACCCAGAGUCCAGCCAUGUUUGACACCACUCCGGACGCAGUGCUUCCUCUGGACAAAUGGAUUGUCGAGUUCGAGGCAGAGAUAUUCGACCAGAUGAUCCUGCAGAACUGCAUCUCGCAGAACAUACAGGAUUCGGGCAGUCUCUUUUUGAACAACAAAGUGCUCAAAGAUCAUUUCACUACCGCUGUCAAUUUCAAAUUGACCGAAAUUGAGGCCUCUUUGUCCAAGAAUAGUGACUUCGCAGCGAGGUCCAGUCUGGUGAAUCUAGUCAUGCUGUUCUGUCUUCACUAUCACCUAUUCCGGGAACUGGACACCCGCAUGAACAAGCGUCUGUGGGAAGUCAUGAAGAAAGUGGCCGCAGUGAACAUCUACGGGCCCAUAGUGUGGUAUGCGCCCGAGUUUGUGCUGAACAUGGUGAGUCCUGCGGGGAAGAAUGUGGACAAGAAAGUGCUGGCUGCGAUCGACACUUCCAGGAAGAACGGACUGAAGGACACCCCCUCUGUCAUCCACAGACAACUCCACUACAUGACUGUCGCAGUGGCUCAAUGGCAGAUGCAAUUUGAAUCCACUUUCUCGACUAAGAAGUCGUCUUCAUCAGACAAUAAGUCAGUGUUGGACGGACUGAAGACGAAGAUGCGAGUGUGUAACUCGGGGCUGUCCUAUGCCAGGUCAAUCAGCAACCUCAUCAAAAUAGUGCUGCCUCUCUACAUGGACAGCGGACAUCAGAUGUCAACCAAGGUGGCGCUGCAAAUCAUGAGGCUGGUUGAAGUGCUCAAAAUAGUUCAGCUGACAAUAAAUGCAUCUAGCCACUCUGUACACAAACUCAUCCCACUUGCUCUGCAGAACUUACAGGGUCUGUUUCUGAGGAAUCUUCAGGUCAUUCUUAGAAAGUUUCCAAAAAGUAAAGCGAAGCAGAAUAAAGCAGACGUAAACGCAUCCGUGGCAUUGUUGCGACAAGUUGCUCUAAACAUGGCAGGUCCAGUCAAUCAUCAAAGGUUGUCAAUUGUUCAUUUGCUGCUGGAAGUAUCUCUUCAAAAACUACGCUCUAGUCUAAAAGAGGAAGAAAUUGCGAAAUUAUUCGACCAAAUUGAAGAAAUGAACCGAACUAUGAUGUUCUUUGACAACUUGAAGGAAGUGACGGAUUGCAUGUUUUUGAACUGGGCUAAAGCUUGUGUACCUGUUUACCUGUCGAAUUUGCUAACUUGUAAGUUGCAACCCAACUCACCCGUUAGUCUAUACAGCCCUUCGGCUUCUAGUGUGCCGCUUCUAUUUUGUGCUCUGAAUGAUAUCGUAGCGGCCAUGGAUAAAUGUGGGCCGGAAGCAGAAAAACUAAAAAACGCGUUCGAAGCCGAAAUUCUUGACUUCUUUGAGAAGCACUUAGUAGCGCCCCUGAAGUUAGAAAUUGAAACCGAUCUGCGAUAUUCGACGCAUGUUCAUCUGAAAGUGAAGGACUCAAAUCCAAUGAAACAGGCAGUCGUUUUAAACGACUUAAAACCAAUUGUGGCUAUGAAGCCGUUUCGAUUUGUGAGUCGAUACAUAAACAUAGCAGCCCAGCUUUCGGUACAUUUGACUCAAAUGUUUUAUAACUUGACAACAAUCACGCCUCAAGAUUGGCAAGCGUACACAGCUAUGAAGUUUUGCGCAGUUGAAAGGUACGGCGAUGUGAUUCAAAUUUUGGACGGUAAAUUACCCCAACAAACUUUGGAACAAGGUCUGGACGUCCUGGAAAUUAUGAGGAACAUUGACGUGUUUGUAUGUAGUUAUUUCUAUAAUUUGAACAAUCAGCUUUUUGUGGAGCACGCGACGAAAAAUAACCGACACGUGAAUACAAUAAAUAUCCGACACAUCGCGAAUUCGAUGCGAACACACGGAACUGGUAUUAUGAACACGACUGUGAACUAUGUCUUCCAGUACUUGAGGAAACACUUCAAGAUGUUUUCACUGUUUCUGCAUGAUGAGCAUAUCAAAGGAAAGCUGAUCAAGGAGAUCCGCUUUUUCCGGGAGAAGAAGGAAGAGCUGAACAACAUGUACCCCUAUGACAGGGCGGAGAAGCUGAACAAGAGUAUUCGUCGACUGGGUCUGAUGGACAACGGGGAGAGCUACCUGGACAAGUUCAGAGAACUCAUCAGCCAGAUUGGCAAUGCACUCGCUUUCGUACGCAUGAUCAGAUCGGGAGGACUGAACACCUGCAGUCACGCCAUUGAGUUCGUGCCUGACUUGGACGACAUAGUCUCAUUUGAGGAACAAGUGAAGGCAGAGAAACUAUCACAGGAAACAGAGGAUGCUGCCAGGAAUCUGGACACUUGUCUGGAGAACUUGAGCAAGAACUUCGCAGAAGGCACCGAUUACUUCGGCCUAUUCGUAAAUGUGUUCUCCACUGAGUUUCACAAAGCGAAAAACAUUCAUGUGAAGAAUUUCUAUGUGAUUGUGCCAGCAUUGAUGAUCAAUUUUGCGGAAAAGAUGAAAACGCGACGUGAACAGAUGGUGAAGAAAGACAAGACGGGUGCUCUGUUCACAGACGACGGGUUUGCGAUGGGAGUUUCGUUUGUGCUGUCGUUUCUGGACCAGAAUGGAGACUUCGACUCUCUCCACUGGUUCGACUCCAUCCGGACAAAGCUGAAGAGUGACCUUGAAGAGGCAAUGGCUAGACAGAGUGCACUCAAUUCUAACAAUAGAGAAGACAAGAAACAGUUACAGGCGUCAGAAGUGACCUUUACGAAGAUUGAGAAGUUGCGAAAGGAGUUUGACCUGCUUUUCUUCUCCUUCUCCAGUGCGAGGAUAUUCUUCCAGCAGCCGGAUCCAGACGACCACCAAGACGGAGGCGAGAACUACUUGAUGUAACCGAAUAGAAGCGAGCUAAUCGGAUCAACCGGAUACUUGAAGAGAUACGAAUAAGUGGCGUCAAUAUCACGUAGAAACUAUUAGAAUCAUGAUAUAAAUUCGCCAAUCGCGAGGUCAGCGUCGUAUUAAAUAUUGUGAAAUCAACGCAGAAAAAAGGCACUGAAACGAGCGAACUAGCAUAGCCUUGAAACACUAAAUCAGCAACAGCACAAUACAACUUCAUGUGAAACAGUAUCAUAUACAUCAUCAUCAUAAUGUUGUUCCUGAUCAUCAUUGGAACUCUCAAGGUCCUGAUCCUCAAGGUGACAUCUCUGCUUUAAUUUGUCCAUUUUGUGUAACUGCGUUAUGCCAGAAGAAUUUCAACUAUCUUCGAAAAAAUCAUUUGAAAUCAGUUCGCUAAAUGUUCGACCGUUGAAAAAUGACCGAAUAAGCCAGUUUUCGAGGCUUUUAAAUUGAAUGGUUGUUAGUUUGUCUCUUCUAUGUAUACCUGAUCAUUGUCUUAUCCAUAUAUUUAUUUUACUGUAAUGAAUAUUUAUUUUUCUACUACAAAUUAUGUCCCUGAUUGUUAGUUAG